AUGGUAAACAUUGGGAUCCCCAAGAAUUAUACAACUUCGCCAUCGAGUUUUAGUCAUACGCCAUCGUUGACUAUCAAUCAUGAAGUUGCACUAGAUCUCGAUUCUAGCAAUGCAUUCGAAGGCCCGGAGAAACUUUUAGAAGUAUGGUUCAGUCCCUCACCCGAUGCCCUCCAGGGCUGCUCCGAGCCAAUGGGACUCAAGGCCGUGCCCGCCGAGGUGUGGAAGACAAUGCUUGAUCUGGUCAAUUGCAAAGUCUUGUCCAUCAUCGAGUCCGAAGAUGUUGAUGCUUAUCUCCUCUCCGAGUCGAGCAUGUUCGUCUUUCCCCAUAAGCUCAUCUUGAAGACAUGCGGCACAACCACUCUGCUAUGUGGUCUUCCACGCAUCCUCGAGAUCGCGGUUCUCUUUGGAGGAUUUGCCCAGGCCACUGCACCACCUUCCAACGGCAUUAGUGUUGCAGCUGCGCCAUACCGCGUUUUCUACAGCCGGAAAAAUUACUUGUUCCCUGACCGCCAACAUGGACCACACCGCAGCUGGCGGAAUGAAGUACAGACUCUGGACAAACUCUUCGUUGGAGGAAGUGCUUACAUGAUCGGCAAGAUGAACGGCGAGCAUUGGUACCUCUAUUUGACCGAACCAUACACGAUGUUGACACCGCCUGCAAGUCCCAGAAGCAUGGAUAGCCCUGGUACAGAGACGAAAAUUCUGGAUCUACCAACAUCCUUUGUGGUCGACCGUGGAUCAAAGGUUUGCGAAGGUGAGGACGAAACUCUGGAGAUUCUCAUGACUGAUUUGGACGAGGAGAAUGCCCAGCAAUUCUACCUCGACCAUGCGAGUGCGGUCGCAGAAGAUCAGUGGAGAGGAUCCCAGAGAGGAAGAGAUGAUCACGUCGAUGUAUUCAGCAACGCUUCUGAUGACGACACCGAUAUUUCCAUCAAGGAGGAGGCUUACCCAUCCGAACUCACCACCGAAGGCCAUGCUCUUGGCACUGUUGUGUCUGACUCAUGCGGCCUUUCCAACGUCUACCCAGCGGACAAAUACCCCGAUGCAAGAGUCGAUGCCUACCUCUUUACUCCCUGCGGAUUUUCGGCCAAUGGCGUCAUCCCAGCACCCGAUGGUGGAAGAGGGACACACUACUUCACCGUCCAUGUGACGCCGGAACCAAUUUGCUCUUAUGCUUCCUUCGAGACGAAUGUGCCCUGUGGCCAGAAGGGCCGUGAGACCACCGAUAUCAUCCAGAAUGUGGUGGACAUCUUUAAGCCAGGCCGCUUCUCCGUCACUUUGUUCGAGGCCACAUCAAGCUACGAGGAGAAGCUUUGUGCUGAUCAUGAUGAGCUCGCACAAAUCAGGUUCUUAGAGCGACAAGCCGCUCGUCGCAACACCAAAAUGGAUUCUAUCAAAGGGUACCGUCGCGUCGAUAGGAUUGUUCACGAUUUGGAUGGCUAUGACUUGGUUUUUCGAUACUACGAGCGCCAUGACUGGAAAGGUGGUGCGCCACGCAUUGGUGAAAGUGGCAUGUGA